AAGUUGUAAAUUUUUUUUCGUUUUGCUGUAAUGUGAAUUUUUCUAAUUUAUUUUCGAAUAUUUUAUUUGAUAACACGAAAAAAAGAAGAGAUCGUAGAUAUACACUAGCGAUAAACAUGGACACGGAAAAAUCUAGCAGCAGCUCCUUCGAGGAUCUGACCAAUGCCGAAGAUACGAAGGAUAUACGUAAGGCCACAGCCGAGGCAGCCUCUGAAGAAACAUCAGCAACAACGACUCUCGUGGGCGGUGAGGGAGAGGAGGCCGAGAGUGAAAGUGAAUGUGAUAUAUUGGGCAACAAGCAGCUGAUAAAGCGCAUCAUCAAGAAGGCACCGGAAGAGGCUAAAAGUCCCAGUCGCGGUGAACUGGUAACCAUAAAUUUCACCGGCAAACUGGAUGGCAAAGUGGUGGAGGAGGAACAGAACUUUCAGUGUCAUGUUGGCGACUACGAGGUGGUACAGGGCUUGGAUAUGGUACUGCCCAUGCUGAAAGUUGGCGAAGUCGCCGAAGUGCUAGUGGAUCCCCGAUUUGGCUAUGGGACACUUGGGCUAAAAAAAGACAACGACGGGGACUACAUCGUCCCACCUAAUGCGCACCUUACCUAUGAAAUAGAGCUGCUGGAUAGCAAAUACGAAGAGUUUGCCGAUCUGAAGACCUUUGAAGUGAUCCGCAAAUAUGGCACCCGCAAGAAAGAGCGUGCCAACUACUUUUUCAAGCGGUUGGAAUACAAUACUGCCAUUCACCUGUACAGACGCGCUCUCGACUAUUUGGACACACGUGAUGGGGAUCCGGAAUCUGAAUUCGACAAAGAAGAUUUGCAGCUAUCCAACAGUGAAACGCAGACCAUUCUGGAUGAUCGCUUGAUUGUCUACAACAAUCUGGCCAUGACUCAGAUCAAAAUUUCCGCUUUCGACGCAGCCCUUAAGUCUGUGGAGAACGUCUUGCGCUGUCAGCCGAAUAACCCAAAAGCCUUGUAUCGCAAGGGCAGAAUACUGGAAGGAAAGAACGACACGCAGGGUGCGAUUAAGUUGUUCCAGAAGGUGGCUACUCUCGAGCCUGAAAAUCGUGGAGUUCAACAAGAUCUGGCCAGGCUUUUCAUCAGGGCGCGUCGCGAUCAACACAACGAAAAAGAAAUGUAUCAGAAGAUGUUGGGCCAGGCCAAGAAAAUGGAACAAAAGACUGCUGCCCGACAAAAGCAACCCCUUGUGGAGAACUCCAAGCUGAAACUCUUGGGCUAUCUAAUGGGUUCCAUAUUGAUUGGCGUCGCUGGCGUUGCCAUUUAUCGUUACAAGUACUAAGGACAAGAAGUGCACUCGACGUGAGAUUGACUGUGUACUUUGGGCAAUUGAAAUGCAUUUUUAAAAUUAUACACAACAGUCAAAAUUAUGAACGUUAAAAUGCCGUAAUUGCUUACUUAAAAAGAAA